AUGUGGCGUGCUGUCACGUGUGACACUCCCCGAGCUACUGCUAUUGUAUUCGCUGUCAUGGCCUUGUCAGCGCUGGUGUACACUACGGUGCGACGCCGUGGACCACGCGUCACCCAUGGCCGUUUCUUUUCCGGCUGCACAUGCGCCUCCCCGAUGGCUACCAUCGAUCCAGUUGUAGCAGAAGAAAACCCUAUCGAGAGGCGGCUGACACUUGAGAUUAAGGCCCUACACGCACAGGCCAUGGCGAACGGUGAGGACACAUACAUUGAUCCGUGCACGGGCUUCACUGUCUUGACCCGCCUCGGGCUAAUGCGAAACAUGAAGUGCUGCGGCAACCGGUGCCGCCACUGUCCCUUUGGCCACGUGAAUGUCCAGUCCAAGCGCUUGAUGACAACCAAAGCAGAGGGUCCUUUCGCGGCAACGUCUGCCUCCUCCGCGGCUACCAGUGCGGAGGCGUCUUCCGCCGCCCCCACCGCAGCCGCAAGGGACGGAAAAGCGGCAUCGGGUGGAAACGUACCCAAGCGCAGUAUGGUCUACACCAAGACAGGGGACAAUGGCACAUCUGCCCUAUUCACUGGCGAGCGCCGAAAGAAGGCAGACGCUGUGUUCGAGGCUCUAGGCGCGAUCGACGAGUUGAGCAGCCAUGUGGGGCUUGCCAGGGCAAUGUUACGCAGCGCCGCUGAGAGGCGUGAGCACGAUGAGGCGAUGAUGAGCAUGCUAGAGGGAAUCCAGCAGGAGCUGCUGAAUGCCGGAACGGUUGUAGCAACGCCAACUGCGAAGAACCCUGAGGACGAGGCUACGAAGCACAUGAUGACUAUUCUUGAGGGCUACCGCUUUCUCGACAAGACGGAAGAAAUAGCAAGAAACAUCGACAUUAUUGACAGCCGCCUCACACCGUUGCGCGUUUUCAUUCUGCCUGGUGGCGGAAACGUGGCCUCCGCCCAGUUGCACGUGUGCCGCACCACUUGCCGGCGUGCGGAGCGACGCAUGGUCAAGGUCCGCGACUUGUACGGCGAGACCUACACGGAUCACUUGCGCCAAGCUACCGUCUACGUUAAUCGGCUAAGCGACUUUUUCUUUGUUGCCGCCCGCAGCAUUGCGGAGGAGGACAUUGUUCGCAAGUACAACUGA